AUGUCUUUAGCUAAAUACGAAUCUAAAAAAUUUUCUCUCGGACAUUUAUAUGCCGAUGAAACUGAGUUAUUCUACCGAGCGACUCCGGAUGGUUCUUUGUGCUAUAAACGUGAAACACUUGAAGGAUCAAAAAAAGCAAUGGAUCGUAUAACAGUUUUAUGUUGUUGUAAUAUGGCAGGCACCGAUAAAAAAAAAAUGUUGAUAAUUGGAAAAUCCGCUAAGCCAAGAUGUUUUAAAAUUAUAAAAAUAAUAAACUUACCUGUUUCUUAUUUAGCAAAUAAAAAUACAUGGAUGACAGCAGAAACAUUUACAUCGUGGUUGAAAGACUGGGACAAAGAGUUUGGAAAACAAUUAAGAAAAAUUUUACUAACUGUGGAUAAUGCUGGGCCACAUCCAAAAUUGAUAGAUUUAAAAAAUAUCACACUUGAGUUUCUGCCUCCAAAUACUACUUCUCUCGUUCAACCACUCGAUAUGGGGAUUAUUAAGAAUUUAAAAACUCACUACCGUGGACUAUUGGUAACAUACAUUUUAAAGGCUAUUGAAGAUAAUUUAGUAACUCCAUCUACAUGUGCUAUAGAUAUCAGUUCUAAAAUAAACAUUCUAAAAGCAAUACAAUUUGUCGCUGAAAGCUGGAGAAAAGUGUCUGUUACGAUUCAGCAUUGUUUUGCACAUUGCGGUUUCAGACCACUGAUUGAUCUACCUAUUCCUCCUAUUGUUUCUAUUGAAAAUGAUGUAGUGCAAUGCGUAGGAAAUGGGGAGUUAUUUAUAAAAAUUGAUGAUGGUGUGCAGUGCUUCAAUGAAAAUGAAAAUGACGAUAAUAUUCUCGAUGAAAUUGCUGAAAGAAGUUUGCAAAAUGAAGAAAGCAACGACGAUGACGAUGACGUUUAG